AGGGAGGGGUGGCCGAGGAGAGCGUUCAGAUGGAGGAUUAAACUGGUCCCUAUCCUGACAGCAUCCAGCACACACACACAUCCCAAACAUCAUCCACACACACUUAUCCCUCCCGUCCGAAUCAGCCCUGUUCACCUGCUCCUUCAUCCCCGGGCUGGCUCUCCAUCUCUGGACCGGACCGGUCCACACACAUCUCGCGAACCGGACCGGACCGGUGUCCUUUCAAACCACGAGGUGGGUGCAGCUGUCUCCGUUGUUCUUCUGCGUGCUCGUUCAUUCAUUAGACAUGUGUUUGUGAACCAUUUUCAGAGAUUCGGUGUAUUUUAAAGGGUUUAGAUUCAUUUCCAUUGUGCGCUCGCGCUCGCCGCUGUUCGGACAGACGGACGGUGAGGAAGAUUCAAAUCGGAUUAAGAUUAAACGGGAGAACCAACAAAAGAUUGUCCUUUUUUCUUCUUCUUUGUUUACUAGAUACACACACAUGACUUGUUCUGUCUGGAAUCAGAUGACCGGUAUGGAUUUGGACAAAUCUGUUCAACACAUUGGAUUGAGGAAACAGUCUUUCUGAGCGGAGUACGUUAGGUCAUCUUGGACUUCGCGUCGGACGGAUUGAUUUUAUCAGUUCUCAUUGGUCCUGAUGGUUGUGAGGGCCCGCCUCUGCCACCUCUCAGCCAGUCCACACAAGAGAGAUGUGACGUCCAAUCACGCGCUGAGAUUUCUGCGUUCUGGAGCUGUUAGGACACAAACCACACCCAGUUAGAUGGAGGAGAGCGAGAGAAGCAGAAGUCGAUCUCCUCGUCGGGUCGGCCGGGUCGAGCAGGUCGUGGGGAAAUGGCUGCGGCGUUCAAGAGACUCUCUCAGCAGGGAGCGUAUUUUAGGAGGCAGGAGGUCUCGCUCCGGGGAUUCGGGCCGGCAGAACUUCCCAGUGAAAGUGACGGUGGAAGUGAUCCGAGACUCUGUCCUGGACUCUCAUGGUUUCAGUCUCUCAGCACAGCUCCCCCUGCUGGUCAGGGACGUCACUGCAGGAGGCCCAGCAGACGGACAGCUUUUUCCUGGAGAUCAGAUCCUAAAAGUGAACAAUAAAGUGGUAGAAGAUCUUUCUCCUGAACACACGGAGCGGAUGAUCAGGGAUUGCCAGGACUCUGUAACCAUGACGAUCCUCAGAAAUAUGACGAAUCCCAAGUCUUCAUUCAUUACGGCAGAGAAGAGAGCUCGCCUGAGAAGAAACCCCGUUAAAGUGCGCUUUGCAGAAGAGGUGGUCGUCAACGGACACACUCAGGGAAACUCUCUUCUCUUCCUUCCCAACGUCCUGAAGGUUUACCUGGAGAACGGCCAGACCAAAGCCUUCAAGUUCCACAAGACCACCACCGUCAAGGACAUCGUGUUGACUCUGAAAGAAAGGCUGUCCAUUCGCUCGAUUGAGCAUUUCUCACUGGUCCUGGAACAGCAAUACAGCAUCACUAAACUACUGUUGCUGCACGAGGACGAGCUCAUACAGAAGGUGGUGCAGAAGAAGGAUUCGCACGACUACAGGUGUCUGUUCAGGGUCUGCUUCAUCCCACGAGACCCCAUGGAGCUCCUGCAGGACGAUCCCGUGGCCUUCGAGUACCUCUUCCACCAGAGUGUGGGAGAUGUGUUACAGGAACGCUACGCUGUAGAGAUGAAGUGCAACACAGCGCUGAGACUCGCCGCUCUCCACAUGCACGAGAAACUGGCGAGCUGCGGACAGACGACGAGAGCCUCCGUUAAGAGUGUUGUUAAGGAGUUUGGCUUAGAGAGCUUCAUCUCUCCCACCCUGCUGAGGAACAUGAGAGAGAAAGAUCUGCGGAAAGCUCUCAAUCACCACAUGAAGAAGAUCCAGUCACUGCUAGAACCACGGCAGAAGGUGAUCUCUGCGUCUCAGGCCCGGCUGGCCUAUCUGACCCAGAUGGCGGAGCUGAUGUCGUACAGUGGGAGGAGCUACAGCGCCACCAUGCUGCUGCAGGACAGGGAGUCGCUGGUGAGUUUGCUGGUGGGAGCGAGAUACGGGAUCAGUCAAAUACUAAAUCACCAGCUCAACAUGAUCUCCACCAUCAUUGACUUCCACUACAUCACCCGAAUAGAAGUGCUCUCAGAGUCUGACCGAGUCAGCAUGGUGAAGAUUUACCUGCAGGACAUCCAGACGAUCUCUUUCUCCUGCAACUUCCAGCCUAUUGCCCUGUUAAUGGAGUCCGUAGCAGCGAAAGACCUGUCCUGUCUCCUGGCCGGAUACUGCAAACUGCUGGUGGACCCAAACAUCAAUGUUUUUCGCUGGGGACCGAGACCUAAAAUGCGACGCAUUCCGGCGGAAGAAGGGUAUGUUUCUCGAUGUGGGAGCGAUUCUGAAGACUGUUCAGAGGAUGACUAUGCCAUGGAGGGACUGCUGGACACUGAAGACACUAUAUCCACUCAUACAAAUGAUGGAACGGAGGAAGGAGAGGAAGCCGAGGGAAAAAGCGAAGCGGAAGCAGAAAGAGUCAGAGUGAUUGUAACACAUCCCUUUUUAGAGGAUGAAGGAGACGAGGCGAGCAAGACAGAGUCUUUUGGAGAUGAGGAUUACGCCAUGAGAAUGGACGCCCUGUUGGAGACUGGAUGGUACACGGACCCUCGGGUCAACAGCAGCUUCUCCAGUCUGUCCAGUAACUCGUUGAAUGCACUAGAGGAGAGUAUCAAGGCAGCCAUUGGUGGGCUUGGCCAAAUGGAUGUCUCUCUGGAAGAAAAGCCAAGUUCUGGUCUUGUAUCUGGGGCCUCAAGUUUGGAUGUCCAUCACCCUUACCUCUUAGAGGUGUCAGAGCGUUUGCAUGACAGGGGCAGUUCAAACAAACCCGGACGGCCUCGUGACCUGACCUACGAUAAUAACUCAGGUAUGUGCUUCUCUGAACUCUCGCAAAUGUCAGACAGCUUGCCGAGUCCGCCUGCGGCCAGCGACGAUGCAUUGAGCGAGGAGGACGAUGACGAUCACAUUUCCACCAUGUCAGCAGAAUUUGAGGCAGUGUUAGCCUCCUGUACCGCUAACAGCAUAAAUGCUAAGUUAGCAGGAGUGAACUUUCAGGCUCUCUUCACCAGGAUUCACAACAAUCCAGCAUGUAGACAAGAGGGAAACAGCUUCCCAAAGAACCAGGCAAAUGAAGCUAAACCACAGGGACCAUCUUCAAAAAUAAAAGCACAAUUUGUGCUGAAGGGAACUGUGUCCUCAGAUGUCCCUGAAAAAACAAAAGGCUCUAGGGACAGUUAUUCAUCAGAGGAUGAAUUUUAUGAUGCCCAAGAUCGAUUUACCCCUCCCAUCACAGACCAAGGCCUCACAGAGAAAAGCUCAAAUUCUCAGAACAUGCAUCCUUCUCUUAGCGUUUAUGACCUCAAGGUUAUUGUGGACGAGAUAAAAGCUCCUGAAUUCAGAGCUAGCAAAGAGGAGGACAGUGCGGAAGCAGAGGACGUCAAAGAAAAACCUUCACUUGCCAACCAUUUCACCCCUCUGAUCCCUGAGUCUAAGAACCCUGAAUUGGAGGUCCAUCAGCCCUCAAUGAUUUUGCCCCCUAAACCUACACCUGUGGAGCCUAAACCUUUCUCUGCUAACCACUCUACGGGUCAGAAAGCCCAGCACUGCAAUGGGGACAUCCCUGGCCGAAAUGCUCACCUUCUGGAGAUGGAGCCAGAAACCAUGGAGUUUAAACCAGUCACGGGCCCUGGACCACCAAUGUCUUCCUCAAUAAUUACUGCUGUACGCCAAUCUACCCUUCCCCAGCAGAACUUGGUAGACCUGGAGACUCUUCAAAAUGGACCCAGACAUCAAAAUGGAAUAUCUGACCAUAUCCCAGCUUGUCUAGAAAAGAAGACUAUUCCAAAUCAUGUGGAUCUUGAAGGACUUAGUCAAGACAUUAAGCCAAGUCAGAAAGAGCCAACAAAUGCCAAAGGAACAACUGAAUUUGGGAAAAUAACAGCAGACAAAAAGGCUCCUCUACAACAACGAUCAUCAGACUCCCUUGAAACUAUAAAAACAGAAAAUAAAGUCCUCCAGAUUAACACAAAGCCUCCAAUUCCUCCCAAGCCUUCAUUCAUUGGUUUACAGCCACCGUCACUGGAAGUUGAUGCCCAGUUACAAAAACCUGGGGAAAAGGCAAAAGUUCCCCCCAAUGGUCUCCCACCCUCAAAGGAAGUUGAUGCCCAGUUACAAAAACCUGGGGAAAAGGCAAAAGUUCCCCCCAAUGGUCUUUCUCUACACCCCUGGUCUCAGAGAAAUGGUUCCAGUACCUCCCCACCCUCUACACUGAGUAAGGGUGUUUCACUUAGUCAUGAGAACCUAAGAACUGAACUAAAGGCUAAAAGCUCUACAGUCAAACCGACAAGUGCUUCAACCACUCCUACCCCAUCUCCAUCUCCCUUACCUUCUCCCUCAGUUCAGUCUGUGAAUAUUGUUCCUGAAGAUCCAACUCAAACCGGGACUAGUUUCCCCAGCAGAACAGGCUCGUCCGGACGUCUGUCUGCCACAGCCUUGCGUGGAAAAAUUCAAGAUAUGCCCUGGUACCUCACCCGUUCCCAAGAGAUCUUGGGGACAGUAGCACUCAGCAACACUAUUUCAUCAGCAGGUAAUAAAGCAACCAAUGGGACAGGUGUGAAUCACGAAUUAAAGGUGUCCCCCAAGGCCACUUCAGUGCCAUCUUUGAUUGACUGGAAAGAGAAAGAUGCUGAAGUAGUCAUUGUGAAGCUCAAAGACGGACCAGAGGAAGUGUCCACAACUCCCGUGAAGGACACCAAUGGGAAACCUCCGAUGUCGUCAAGCCAUCCUGACCUGAGGCAGAAAUUGUCCACUGAAGCCUCAGAGUUGCACCGGCAUUUUGGGACCUGCAAGUCCGAACAACCUCAAUCACACAAAGGCAACCCUUCAGAGAUUCGACUUGACAAUGCUUCCCCUCUGUCCUCUACAAACCGUGACGCAUGUGGCUGCCAUACAGUCUACGCCAACUGUUUCAGCGGAGAUACAGAGGACAACUGCGGCUUUGACGAUGAUCUGACCGUAUACGAAUUCUCCCGUCGAAACCAGAUCAGUAAACCACCUCAACCCACCCCAGGUGCCUCCCCUGCAACCCUCUCUGGUCCCUCUCCAAAUGUCCUAUCCCUACUCAGAGAUUCCCCUCGUCCCUUAUCCACAUCCUCAGAACUCAGUCCACUCCUGAUCCCGCCCAGACCCCUGGAAUCUCUGACUCUAGACCACUACGGACCAAUAGACAACCCCCUCAGCUUUUUGCAAGGCCGCCAUUAUGCUACCCGUCAGAAAGGUGCAGGGCUUAAAGACGGCUAUGCUUGUUUGCAGCGAGACAUUAAUGAACUUAUUUUAGUGUUGAAGACAGGACCUUCUACUGUACACCCUCCAACCCUCAAGGGGGAAUGCAAAAAUGACAACGUGAAUAGGCAUUCGCUUUCAGAAACCGAGAGAUGCCUGGUUCAGACGGAGGCACGAAGGUUGGCAUCGGGAUGCCAGAGAGCCACACGGGUAGGAUGGGCACCUGACGAUGCUCUCGUGUCACUCGGGAACAGCUUUGGAGCUCUAGUGCAACUUGCCUCAACCUGCAUGCGAGUUCCCUGUUCGGACUGCGGAGGAUGUCAUGGGGAUAUUGAUGCAGAUGAGGCGCUUGGGAAGCUUGAGGAGAUCGUGGACCUGUAUAAGGAGUUUGUAGGUGCUGUAGAAACAGCAAGAGAGGGCGAGGGUGUCAGACUCUUGGCCAAGCAGUGUACGGUUCUCAUCUCAACAGUCUUCUCGCUCACACAACUGUUUCGUACACGGACACCAGACAUAGACAAUGGAAAUGUACCUCUGAACUUUUAAACUGUACCUUCCGGGACCCUCUCAAGGGAUCGUAGCGAGCGAGCAGAGAAUUGUACUUAAAGUAGCGAUGCCUUUCUGGCAUCUAAAAACGGAUUGUGUGCUGGCACACAAGAGUAAUAGUAAGUGCCGUGAACACACACACAGUUAGCGAAUUAACAAGUGAGGACUGUUACAUGUUAACCUGUUUGUCUUGCCAAGUCUCCCUAUAAACGUACUGGAAUUAUGCAUUCGGACAUAGCUAUUUUCUAACAGUUCUUUAAUUCCUGAUGUAUGUACAGUCUGUAGUAUGUAUUUAUUUUUUACAUACAGUAUAUGUGCACCGUGGUUUCUAACUUGCCAUACCUGCAUUUUGUUUGUUUUGGGUGUAUGUGAAUCCCUACCUCUUGCUCUAACUGAGUUAAACAGUGUUAUGAAGCUUCA